GCGGUAGCAACAGCGGCGGCGGCCGCGGUGCGGGCCGGGCUCGCGCAUUCCGGAGGCGACCGCCCUUCGCGCCAGCCGUCGAGCGGGCAGCGUCGGAGCUCCGCCGGGCAGCGCGGGGAGGCGCGGGCGGCCGAGAACUCCUUCCCGCGGCUUCGCCCGGCGCUGCUGCCGCGGCUUCCCCGCGAGGUGGGAGACCUUCCUCCCUGUUUGCAGAGGUCCCUGGGAGACCCUUAUUUUUUCCCACCGCGGAGCUUCAGAGAUUCUGGAAUAGAAGCGUCGAAGGAGAUCCAGCGAGCCUUCUGCGGUUCCUCGGAUGUCGCGAGGCCCCCUUUCGGGGCGGAAGACGACGUUGGAGCAUCUCACGGAGGUGCGGGAAUGGAAGGACCCACCUUGCAGCUUUUCUGCAGUGUGGCUUGCCCGAUCUACCCCUAGGAAAGAAGAGGAGGCUUGUCAUCACCCGACGAAGUGCACAUGUUAAAGAGGAUAUCGCCGGACAUACACUUGUGAUCUUUUAGGGGAGGUCACACACGUUUCUGAGUGGAAAUGGGCGUGAACGAGGUGCCCUCUUAAAAAGCACAACAGUCCUUUAAGAGGAGCGAACUUGAGUUUUCCCAUUUCUGCCAAGAUUUUGAAGACAGUUCAAUGUAUUGUACAUUUGGUGUAAGAUGAGAACUUUCUAAAGUAUUCUGUCCAAGAGCGUAAACGAUGACUACCCCAGCUCUGCUGCCCCUCUCUGGACGUAGGAUACCACCUCUGAACCUGGGGCCGCCCUCCUUCCCACAUCACAGGGCUACCUUGAGACUUUCCGAGAAGUUUAUUCUUCUCCUUAUUCUUAGUGCCUUCAUCACCCUGUGUUUUGGGGCAUUCUUUUUCCUUCCAGACUCUUCAAAACACAAACGCUUUGAUUUGGGUUUAGAAGAUGUGUUAAUUCCACAUGUAGAUGCCGGUAAAGGGGCUAAAAACCCUGGAGUCUUCCUGAUCCAUGGACCCGAUGAACAUAGACACAGGGAAGAAGAAGAACGUCUGAGAAAUAAAAUUCGAGCUGAUCAUGAGAAGGCCUUGGAAGAAGCAAAAGAAAAAUUAAGAAAGUCAAAAGAGGAAAUUCGAGCAGAAAUUCAGACAGAGAAAAAUAAGGUAGUCCAAGAAAUGAAGAUAAAAGAGAACAAGCCACUGCCGCCAGUCCCUAUUCCCAACCUUGUAGGAAUAAGUGGUGGAGACCCAGAAGAUAAUGACAUAAGAGAGAAAAGGGAAAAAAUUAAAGAGAUGAUGAAACAUGCCUGGGAUAACUACAGGACAUAUGGGUGGGGACAUAAUGAACUCAGACCUAUUGCAAGGAAAGGACACUCCACUAACAUAUUUGGAAGUUCACAAAUGGGUGCUACUAUAGUAGAUGCUUUGGAUACCCUUUAUAUCAUGGGACUUCAUGAUGAAUUUCUAGAUGGGCAAAGAUGGAUUGAAGACAACCUAGAUUUCAGUGUGAAUUCAGAGGUGUCUGUGUUUGAAGUCAACAUUCGAUUUAUUGGAGGCCUGCUUGCAGCGUAUUACCUGUCAGGAGAGGAGAUAUUCAAGAUUAAAGCAGUGCAAUUGGCUGAGAAACUCCUUCCUGCCUUUAACACACCUACUGGGAUUCCUUGGGCAAUGGUGAAUUUGAAAAGUGGAGUAGGGCGAAACUGGGGCUGGGCGUCUGCAGGUAGCAGCAUUCUGGCUGAAUUUGGUACACUGCAUAUGGAGUUCGUCCACCUCAGCUACUUGACAGGGGACCUGGUUUACUACAAAAAGGUUAUGCACAUUCGGAAACUACUUCAGAAAAUGGAUCGUCCAAAUGGUCUUUAUCCAAAUUAUUUGAAUCCCAGAACAGGGCGCUGGGGUCAGUAUCAUACAUCCGUUGGCGGUUUGGGAGACAGUUUUUAUGAAUACUUACUGAAAGCAUGGUUAAUGUCAGAUAAAACAGACCAUGAGGCGAGAAAGAUGUAUGAUGAUGCUAUUGAGGCUAUAGAAAAACAUCUUAUUAAGAAGUCUCGUGGAGGUCUUAUCUUUAUUGGAGAAUGGAAGAAUGGGCACUUGGAAAAAAAGAUGGGACAUUUGGCCUGCUUUGCUGGGGGAAUGUUUGCACUAGGAGCAGAUGGUUCCAGAACAGAUAAAGCUGGUCAUUAUUUAGAGCUAGGGGCAGAAAUUGCACGUACUUGUCAUGAGUCAUAUGACAGAACUGCAUUAAAGCUAGGUCCUGAAUCAUUCAAGUUUGAUGGUGCAGUAGAAGCUGUGGCUGUCCGGCAAGCUGAAAAGUAUUAUAUCCUCCGUCCAGAAGUAAUUGAAACCUACUGGUACCUGUGGCGAUUCACUCAUGAUCCAAGAUACAGGCAGUGGGGCUGGGAAGCAGCACUGGCCAUUGAAAAGUAUUGCCGAGUUAGUGGUGGGUUUUCUGGAGUCAAAGAUGUGUAUUCUUCUACUCCUACACAUGAUGAUGUACAGCAGAGCUUUUUUCUUGCGGAAACAUUAAAAUAUUUGUAUCUGCUGUUCUCCGGUGAUGACCUUUUACCUUUAGACCACUGGGUGUUUAAUACAGAGGCUCACCCUCUGCCUGUGUUACAUUUAGCCAACACCACACUUUCAGGUAAUCCUGCUGUUCGAUGAAAGCAGUUCCAGAAGGACCAUCCUCACCUGUGUUUUGUUUACAUGGACCACUACAGAAAUUCAUUUGGAGAGGCGGCUUUUGGAAACCUGGACCUCUGUGUCGACAUGAUGGGGUGAAACUCUUCUCCCUAAGACUUCUCGACUUGUAGAUGUAUCAGCUUUGAAAUUAUUCCAUUUUAUACCUGACCAAACACAUGUUCUGGUAUGUGUAGGACAGAGACCUGGAUGUGCUUCGAUUGGUAAUGAAGUAGUCUCAUGAGAAAUGAUGCCUGGUACUACUGAAUUGGUUUUUUAGAGUCCUGAAGUCUGGAGGCUAGACUUCCUGAAAGCAAGCUAAGAAUAAAGAGCACCUUGCAGGAUUUAAAGAUGGCCUUUGGAACCAAUUAUAUAUUUGUUUCCUCCUACAGUGGAGCAGCGUUCAAAUCAAAUAUUUACAUAUUGCUUAUCCCUUUUUCUCCAUUUUAAUAAUGGAAUGAACUAAAAGAAACAAGAACGAAAGAGUAGUUUAACUGUGUCAGUAACAAGAAGACUCAAAAAAGAAUCAGGAGUACCCAUCCCUGUCUGAAUUUUCAAGUUCCCCAUUGGAUGACCAGACUGGCAACCAUUUAAAAUCCUAACCUAUUUCAUUGAAAUUUCUUGGUUAAGUUUAAUUUUCUCUGGGGGCAUGAUCUCACAAAGAAUACUCUUCAAGUCUUUUUCUCCAUAUGGAAUCAUCGAAACUGAUAUUUAUCAUAAUCACCACUUACGAGCCUGAGUUUGGAAUUUGUGCAUGUAGUUCAGUCUAAUGUUGGUAGCAUGACAGAAAGUGGGGGAAAUGCCGCAGUUGGUUGCCUUGAAGCCUGUCCUAAGAGCAAUCCUUUUUUUGUUGGUACAUUAUUUUUUCCAGACCAUCACAUCUACCACAUAAAUUUUAUCUACUUCAAUCUCAUAAUACAGUUAGGAGAGUCACUCAA